CUCUCUCUCUCUCUCUCUCUCUCUCUCUCUCUCUCUCUCUCUCUCUCUCUCUCUCUCUCUCUCUCUCUCUUCCUCUUGCGCUUGCACGGAGUGAGAGGGAAGAAUGAGGAAGAAGUCCGCUGAGCUGCGCGCCUCGUCCCAACAAAUGCGGGUUUGCUGAUGAAGCACCUCUCCGGUUAUCCGAUCAUACAGGUCGCGCUGUAUGGAAACGAACAGUAGGCAACAACAGAAAACAACAGCAACAAAUAAAAAAAACUGUCAGUGCUUGGGAAUCCGGACAACCUCUCCCUCUUUUGUGCGUCUCGGUCUGUGGAUACGCCGCCUUGGCUGGCGUAUAAGAGCUCCCUGCGUCUCCAUUACCAUUCCCCACUCCUGGCUUACCUCUACUCCUCCUCCUCCUAUCACUCCUUGUACUGCUACUAGUACAGCUAUAGUCCGGUCUUUACUACUGACUGUCUUCUCCGGAUUGUGGACACUCUCUGGAUAAAAAGGUUUAACAUCCUCAUUAAUCGUCGCCUCACUGUACUGGUUUGGACGUCAACAUGGGUCGCAGGGAUCACUCCCCCCUCCCUGCCUUGAGGGUAGCAGUCGUCGUUGUGUUUCUGCUCCUCAAGCUCCAACUCUCACUGGCCGGCGCUCCCCCUGAGCAGAGCUUGGGUGGCUCCGUUUCAGCGGUGUCCACUAAUAAAACUGAAUGCAGCAAAGCUGAGGCGUGCUCGAAGGGGGUGGUCCUUCCUAUUUGGGAGCCCCAAAACCCAUCAAUUGGUGACAAAGUGGCCCGGGCAACAGUUUACUUUGUGGCUUUGGUCUACAUGUUCCUCGGUGUGUCAAUCAUCGCAGACCGUUUCAUGGCAUCAAUAGAGGUCAUCACGUCACAGGAAAAGGAGAUCACUAUCAAGAAACCCAACGGAGAAACCACCACCACCACCGUUCGGAUCUGGAACGAGACAGUCUCCAAUCUCACACUCAUGGCUCUGGGCUCUUCGGCUCCCGAGAUCCUGCUCUCCGUCAUAGAAGUCAUAGGUCAUGGGUUCGAAGCUGGCACACUGGGCCCCGCCACCAUUGUGGGCUCUGCGGCAUUUAACAUGUUUGUCAUCAUCGGGCUUUGUGUGUACGUCGUGCCUGACGGCGAGACAAGGAGGGUCAAGCAUCUCCGUGUCUUCUUCGUCACGGGCAGCUGGAGUAUCUUUGCCUACAUUUGGCUCUACCUGAUUCUGUGCGUGAUCUCGCCCGGCGUUGUGCAGGUGUGGGAGGGGCUGCUCACGUUCUUCUUCUUUCCCAUAUGUGUGUUGUUCGCCUGGGUGGCCGACCGCCGCCUGCUGUUCUACAAGUAUGUGUACAAGCGCUACCGCACUGGCAAGCAGCGUGGUAUGAUCAUCGAGACCGAGGGAGACCGUCCACUUCCUUCCAAGGUGGACAUUGAGAUGGAUGGGAAGAUGCUGAACUCUCAUGGUGUUGACUUCCUGGAUGGUCCACUGGGUCUGGAUAUAGAUGAGAAGGAUCUGGAUGAGGAUGAGACCCGGAGAGACAUGGCCAAGAUCCUGAAGGAGCUCAAACAAAAACACCCUGACAAGGAGGUGGAACAACUCAUUGAGCUCGCCAACUACCAAGUCCUGAGCCAGCAGCAGAAGAGCCGUGCUUUCUACCGAUGCCAGGCCACCCGGCUGAUGACAGGUGCUGGCAACAUCCUGAAGAAACACGCCGCCGAUCAGGCACGGAAAGCCGUCAGCAUGCACGAGGUGCGCUCUGAUAUCGGUGAUAACGACCCCAUAUCUAAGAUCUUUUUUGAGCCCUGUUCUUACCAGUGCCUUGAGAACUGCGGCACAGUGGCGGUGAACGUGAUGCGACGUGGUGGUGAUCUGGGCAAAACGAUUUCUGUGGACUACCGGACAGAAGAUGGCACGGCCAACGCUGGCUCGGACUACGAGUUCACAGAGGGCAUGGUGGUCUUCAAGGCUGGCGAGACGAUGAAGGAGAUCCGUGUGGGGAUCAUUGACGAUGACAUCUUUGAAGAGGAUGAAAACUUCCUGAUCCACCUUUCCAAUGUGAAGGUGUUGACAUCAGAAGGCGAGGAGCCCGAGGAAUGCGAGUCCGCUAAUCACGUGGACUCAAUGGCGUGUAUCGGCUUACCCGCCACAGCGACCGUUACCAUCUUUGACGACGACCAUGCAGGUAUCUUUACGUUUGAGGAGUCUGCAUUCCAUGUGAGCGAGAGCGUUGGCACCAUGGAGGUGAAGGUGCUGAGAACGUCGGGGGCUCGCGGCGUGGUCACGCUGCCGUACAAGACGGUAGAGGGAACGGCACGAGGCAGCGGAGAGGACUUCGAAGACAUUCACGGCAUCCUGGAAUUUCAGAACGAUGAGAUCUUUAAAACCAUCAAGGUGCGAAUAAUCGAUGACGAGGAGUACGAGAAGAACAAAACCUUCUACGUAGAGAUCGGAGAACCUCGCCUGGUGGGGAGCAACGACACCAAAGAGGAACAGCUGAAGGAAGAGGACGAGGAGGAAGAGGCGCUGAAGGGGAAAGAUGAAGAGGAUCAGCGCAUUGCUGACAUGGGCCGUCCCAUGCUGGGAGACCACGUCAAACUGGAGGUCAUCAUAGAGGAAUCGUAUGAGUUCAAGAACACAGUGGACAAGCUGAUAAAGAAGACCAACCUGGCUCUGCUGGUAGGAACCAACAGCUGGAGAGACCAGUUCAUAGAAGCCAUCACUGUGAGCGCAGGCGAAGACGACGACGACGACGAGUGCGGGGAGGAGAAGCUGCCGUCAUGUUUCGACUACGUCAUGCACUUCCUCACCGUGUUCUGGAAGGUUCUGUUCGCCUUCGUCCCGCCCACAGACUACUGGAACGGCUGGGCCUGCUUCGUCGUCUCCAUCUGUAUGAUCGGACUCCUCACCGCCGUCAUUGGGGACCUGGCCUGUCAUUUUGGCUGCACAGUGGGCCUGAAAGACUCGGUCACAGCUGUAGUAUUUGUUGCAUUGGGAACCUCUGUACCAGAUACCUUUGCCAGUAAGGUUGCUGCUACCCAGGAUCAGUAUGCAGAUGCGUCCAUUGGUAAUGUGACAGGCUCCAAUGCUGUCAAUGUUUUCCUGGGCAUCGGGGUGGCGUGGUCCAUCGCUGCCAUUUACCACAACAGCAAUGGGAUGGAGUUCAGGGUGGAUCCGGGCAGACUGGCCUUCUCCGUCACGCUCUUCACUAUCUUUGCCUUUAUCGCCGUCGGCACGCUGUUGUACCGGCGGCGGCCAGAGAUCGGUGGAGAGCUGGGAGGGCCCCGGACAGCGAAGGUCCUGACCACCAUGCUGUUCUUCAGCCUGUGGCUCCUCUACAUCCUCUUCUCCUCACUGGAGGCCUACUGCCACAUCCAGGGCUUCUAAGAUGACCGGAGACGAUGAAGCGAAGGGUGGGACAGAAGGAGAACAUGGAGGAAGAAACCAAGGCGAGGUGGAGGAAUGGAUGGAUUUGGAAAUGAUGGCUGUCUCAUUGAUCUAUCACUCCCUCCCUUUACGCAAUAGAUUGAAUGUCGGAUGAAUGAAUGGAUGGAUGUACAGAUGUAGAAAUGAAGGACGCAUUAAAGUAUCUAGAAACAAAAUGGAAGGAAAUAUGGAUGCAUGGAAGGACGACGACAAAGAGGAAAAUUAUAGGGGCUAAAGAGAUAGCUCAGAAGAUGGAAGAAUUGCAGAAAAAGGAAUAAACUAAGGAAUAUGUUUUUAUGUCUUGAUCUAUAAUUCCAAACCAAGCAAGUUGUCUUAAACCCACCCCAUUUUUAAAUACAUAAAGCAAAUCUCCAAACAACCGCAAUGUGUCUCUGCUGGUUCAACUUUACAGAAAUGAAGAAAAUUAGUUUUAACAAAACGAGGAGAGAAAGGUUAAACAGACCGACACACUAUCGCAGCUCCUCGGACGUGUGGCUUCAACAACAGCAACCGCGUUCAUCCCCUCCAGCUGGAGCGAUGUUAUUCCCCCGUCCAAAUACAGUAAUCGGCAUGAGUGAGACACAAAAGGACAGAAUAACUGUAUCAGUAUGAACAUGCAUGACCAGAAGAUACUGAAAACACAAUCGGAAGAAACCGGAUAUUUUGCCGCAACUGUUAAAUGACAACAAACUGUGUGCGUGCUGGUGUGUGACUGUGUUUCUGUGCUUGUGUGUUGUGGGAAGAUGGUCAAGUACUGUGAAAAAAAACGCCUCUCGUUUUGCUGUCACUGCGUGAGACGGAAUAUGCUUUCGUAUUCAAGGUGUUUGUGACUCCCACUCUCCCAGCCUGUAGAAUUGCUGAGUAAGACUCUUUUGCGGGAGGGCACGUUCAAUCACUGAGAGCUGAGCGUACAUUACAGCGCCACAAUUUCCCUUCUGAAUGUCUUGGUUAAGCCGAGCGCUCUUGAACGGGCCCUCUUUCUGUUGCUUUAUACAGUAGAUGUAAAUGAUUUAAGGUCUAAUUUGAAUCAAGAAGGGGUUAGUGUGCUUUUACCUUUAAUAAGGCCAUGUCUGAGAAGACAAAAUGGCCACUCUACCGUUUAAAACUGUUAGAGAAAACUAUAAUCAUUGCAUAAAUAUGUAGGUUAAUCUUGUGUGUUUGUUUUUUGUUUUUAGUUUUCUUAAACUGUGGAAUUCCGUUACCUGGUUUUCCACCUAUGAGAUUGCCAUUAUGUGUCAAUUGUAAUAUUGCAAUAGACUUUGAAAAGUAGGUACCGCCCUCUGUGAAACCUCAUCGGCUGUCUGUUUAACUGCCUCUGUCAUUGUUUUUCUCACUUUGAUGCCGCUUUCCCGUUGGUUCACUCAACAGCUCGUGUUAAUAUCCCCGUGUGUCUUAAGCACCUCCCCCUGGCUGGUCAGUGGACCAAUCAAAAUCCUCAAGGGCUUUGUAAGAAACAACCGCUAAUCCGUUACCCUGACCCUUGAUUUAUAAUUCUUCACAUAGAUUGGUCUUUUGGGGGCUAUUUAACAGGGAUUUGUAUUCCAUAACAUUAUACAUCAACUGCUCAGAUGUAAGGAUUUUUCUUCAGUGUGGGUUUAAAAGGAAAAAACAAGUGAGUGCAGACAUUGUCCUACCAAGUAUAGAGUUCCCUAAAUAUUGGCAAAAGCGACCCGAUGAUCCAAAGUACUCGGUUGGAUCAUGAGUCUUUCCCAGUUCAUUACAAAAACUGCCUGUAAAUCAAAAAGCAUCAAUGUAAUGUUCUUUCCCGGGCGACCUCCAUUCUGCUUCCUGAAGAUACUACCCUUCAAGCAUUUGGUUUAUGAAGGCCUUAACCCAAACGAAGCAAUGAACAUCAUACUUUCUUCAUUCAAGGGAAAGUGUUUGCUCUUGACUGAAGAACCAUAAUGUAAUCUACGUGAUUCACUGCUUCAUGCAGGCCUGGGAAAUCAACAGUUAACACAUAGGAGCCAUCAGAUGAAGGGAUAGUAACAAACAUAUUAGCUGUUGGGACAUCUUACUUAGGGUACAUUUAAUCUCAAACACCCAGAAUUCUGUUGAACAAGCUCACAGACAUUUGAAGACAAUUGUUUUAUUAAAUUAAAAUUGGAUAAUGAUAGUUUUACACCCUAUUAGAUUGGCGGCGUGUUGUAAAACACCCAGCCCCAGAAACUGCCCCGAUGGGACCUGUAUCACAAAGUGAGUGAAGCUUAGUCACAGUGAUUCCUCUGGAUAACCAGAGUGGAGGUCAUAACCAUAACAUGCAAACAUUAACAGAUCAAAAUGAGCAUGUUUAAUAUGAGAUAAUUUACUUUAUUUAGAAUUGUCUGAUAUACAAUCAUCCAUCAGUAAAUUUAUUUUUUUAAGCAUUAUGUCUAAAGUCUGGUUUGAAAGCCAGAGUAUUUUAAGCAGCCUGUAGUGAUGACUGUGUUUGUCCAGUUGAUGUAGCCCAAUCAAAAGGAACCAUUCCUGAUACCAGAACUGACUAAACCAAUAAUCUCACUUUAUGAUACAGGCACUAGGUUCUAUAAUGAAGUUGUAGUGUAAUUUUAGUGGUUUGAAGUAUAACAACAACAUUGUUUCAGCCCUCUUCUAAAUUCAUUUUGAGCUUGAAUUUGACCACAAAUCUUUGUGCAAGAUGGGACGGGUCUGGAUGGACUAGGUUCCAUCUAGAACGAUAUGAUGGCUUAAAAGGCAGCUGAAGGUUUGCACUGCACUAGGGGUGCAGUUUCAGGACACAAGCUUCUUUGAAAACCCUUUUCAAGUGCUGGCCAAGUUAACAUGUAUCAAUUAAACUGCAAUAGCAACAAGACUGACAAACCAACAUUAUCAGACGCUGGCUGGGAAUCUUCCUUCGUUAAUCAGUUAUAGGCAGAGAAGAUAUCCUGAAAGUAUUUCUGGGUCAUUUUGGCCCAAUGUAAAAAAACAUUAAAGCGUCUUAAAAUCCUGUCCUGAAAUAUAUGUAGAAAAUAAUUCUUCUAGCCCACCUCGACUGUCAGAAGGGUCCACAAUUCCGACUGUUAACUAUUUUACUCUUAAACCACAGAGAUCUCAACGCUCACAAAACUUACUGCAAACGUAAGUAGGAACUCUAAAAGUCCAUAGUUUGUUGAAUGGCACUAUAUGCAUCUGAAUUGGCCAGAAUUUUCCUGCUGAUGUUGUGUUUUUUACUUGAUAUAUAAUAUAAUAGGUAGUAUUUUAAAUGUCAUCUGUAACGUAAGUAGUCUGGGCUAGAUGUAAUCAUUUAAAAACUUGGCAAAAUCUUGUCACAGACAGCUUUCAACCCCUGUGAGAGAGUAGAGCCCUGAAUUGGACGAGUUUGGCAAAUCCACAGUAUCUUAAGGAGAACGUAUAGGUUUUGUAACCUGGCGUAUAUUACUAGAACCACAACAGAAUGCACAUCUCAGUAGCUGAUGCUACAGAGUUCCAGCAACACUUGCAUACUGAAAUCUAGCUAAACUUACAACUCUAAUAAAUGCUCUGUUGCAUACAGACUUUUGUUAUUUACAGCACCAAUGUUGCACAACUUAAAUAAUAAAACAUUUGUACAAACUCUAUGAGGGAUAUGACAUUUCCUAUUCCCAGUCUUCAACAUCUGACAGCCACUUGUAUUUGCCAAACUCUGGACAAUGCACGGCUCUCCAUUAGAGUAGCUGUUCUCUUGUGAAGGCCUUGGAGUGGCAGUUUACCCCUGUUUUGCCAAAGGGAAAUCUUUCUAUCAGAAACUUACUAUUUGCAGUCCAACCUGUAAAGGGUUUUCUAACCUAUGGAUCUUUCUUAAAACACCAAAUAUUAUUCAUAUUACAUUAACACUCCAAAAAGGAGACUUGAUGUUGUUUUAACCUAACCAGAAUAUUUCUAUUUAAAUUUGUAUGCAUUUGUCUCUUCACUGGCAUGGAGCUUAAGGUUUAUACACUGUAAAAAGUUAUGCUAGCUUGUGCAAAAAAAAAAAGAAAUAACAUUGUGGAAGGUGUUUGCAUCACUUUUUGAGUAACUUCAACAGGGUUUAAAUUAUCUUUGAUAUUGUUAAAUCAUGUUGGAUUUACUUAAAAUGUGCCUGCUGCCUAAUGUGUCUGAGUGAACUUACGUAGGAAUAAAAAGCUUGCAGUUUUCAUCAAAUUAGUUUGCUGCAUAACAUUUUCCAGAAGCUAACAUUUUUCAUUGAUGGGAAUAUAGUUAUUUUGCUACACCGGCUUUGUUGCACCGCCUCUCUGUGUAUCUACCUUGAUUUAUAAAGCUAAUCUGGCGUGAAGCUAAUGGCAGAUUAACAGCUGUUCAAAGCCCCACAGAGUUUGGACCGAGGCGGGAAGCUAAACUCUGCAAACUAAAAAUGUUAGAUGCGACUUCUCACAAUACAAUAGCACUUAAAUUUCAGCUUCCUGCCUUGGUUUGGACUUUUGCGGUUUGAAGGGUCAAAGGUUAGCCGGGCCACCGCUGUAAAUAUAACACUAAGAGCAAGCAAGGAGUAGAAAAAUAAGCUGUAGACUCUUUUUUAUUCUUCUGUGGUGGCGUUUGAAGAAGUGGGGAGAGAAAAGCAUUGCACUGGUUCUUGUUGCUUAUGUGAAACGGCUACUAUUAUGUUUCGUCGAUAACACUAACAAAGUUGCUUCUGAUGUAAACAACAACAACAGAUUUUGUUUUUUGACUGAUGUACACAAUAAUAAUGUUGUACCUGAUGUAAAAAAAAAAAAAAGAUAAAAAAAAGAAAUACAACGGUGGUGACCCAUUUGUGAACCAUUAACAAUGUUGCUUCUGAUGUAAAGAUUGAUGAUGCGCUUUCGUUCACUUCUUAACCGGCUGUCUGUCGGACAGACGGAGGAAUAAAUGAAUGCCACAGCAAACAGACGGACGAAAGGAAGGACAAACACCCCUGCUGAUACAAGCUGAGCAACGUCAUGCUGAGACGUUGUGAUGUUUGGGAAAAAAAACAUUACCAGAGCUAUUCUCUACCCUUAAAGUAACAUUUAAUAAGUACAUUGUAAAAGGAUGAUGAUGAAGGAAGGAGGCGAAGGAAGACGAGGAAGAAGAAGAUGAACAUUAAAGAAAAAACAAAUGAAGUUACAGCCAUACAUUGAUUUCUGGGUCAGUGAGAUUGAAACAGGCUUCUCCUGCCCAGCAUGUGUAUUGUUAUGGUGUCUAUCUGUCCCUCUGUGUCUCUUCCCCCUCCUUCUCUGUCUCUCUGCUGCCGAAGCAACCAAGACUGGCAGCAAACCUUUCGUUCAGUCUUUUCCUCCCAAUUCCCUUUUUACCCUCCGUCUCCCUAAUGCCAUGUUUUUCAUAUUUUGGAAUGUCAAUGUGCUACUUGUUGACACUGUGCAUGAAUGAUAACAUGUCUGUAUAUAGUUAUAGAGAAUCGUAUCCCAUUCCCCUGGUGUUGACAAAAAAAUGGUUUGAAUGUUGUACAGAUUCUGGUUUUCUGUUCAUCUUUUAUUCUGUUUCAGUUACAUUUCUUUUUAAUGUAUGUAGAGCUUAAAAACAGUGUGUUUUUAAUUUAAAUGAAGACGUAACUUGCACAUUACUGAUUGAUUAGCUAAUUAAGUGGGGUUUUUUGUUAAAAAGGCAAUAUCUGCUGUUAUUGAAUGCGAGAUGAGAUCUUAAAGGAGCUAUGUAUCUUAAAUAAAUAAUCUAUACGAGAGCUGCAUGGGUUAUUUGUACAACAACAAAAAUAGACACUGCUUGCUACUUCUAAUACCAUUCUCCGACAGACGGUGAGGAAUACUAUAUGUACAUCUAAAGGUUAUUUUGUCAUUAAAGAAAUAAUAUUGUGUAUAUACUGUACAGUGUUAUAAGUGAGGUGGACUAUAUGGCCACCGCAGAGAGUUACUUCUACAUAUUUAUUGAAAGGAAACAAAAACACUCGCUACUCUCAAGAAUGACAUAUAUUGCCUUUUUGAAGAACUUGUAAUUUGCUUAAAGUUUCUCUACAUGCUUUUUCCUUCUUGCUCAUCCUCCAUCUUUUUGUCAUUCCAUCUCUUUCCCUGUAGUCUUUUAUUUUUCUAUUCGAGGGGCGGUUUGCAUUUCACGGCUGAUUCUGACUUUGUCACUCUUUCCUGUCUGUCGACUGCUUAUAGUAUCUCCCAACCUGCUUCUUACAUGUAUAUCCAUCUAUAGUGCAGUACAAUAUAUCUGCCUGCGUCCCCAUCUGUCUGAGUCUCUCAAAGGAUCAUUUGUCUGUACUUGAGUCACCAUCUGUCUGAUUCAGAACCGUCUGUCAUAUUUUCUUUUCAUGCUAAUCCAUCUCUUUUCAUCUUCCCUUCGUUAAUCCUUCCUUUGCUUCAGCACAUCUUUCUCCUCUCCAGCCAUACUUUGAUUUCUUUCGCUGUCCUUCUCUUCGCUUUCGGGUGUAGUCGGGAAAUGUCACGAUUGUCGAUAUGAUUUCCUUUUUCUUUUUAAAUGGAACAAUAACCGGAACAGUUAUAAUGUUGGUAAUAAUGAAGAUUUAAUUUGAGAUGUUUCUUUUUUUGUGUUGCCGCUGUCCUCUGUGUGUGCGUGUGUGUUAAUUUGAUUUGAUUUCUAUUAAUUUGUAUUGAACACCAACUGAUGGGAGGAAAGUUGUAUGUGUGUUGCCACUAACUGUGACUGCUCUUCAUGGUACUUCUGAUAAAACCAAUAAAAUAAUGUUUGGGAUACCCUGUUUCAGA